CCUAACAAUCAACCUGUCUUUUGGAGUUGAACUUUCGAUUCUACCCCUUUCAAAAAACAUUUUUUGGCUUUCCUUCAAAAUUAUCUCUAUCCCCCGACGAUGACCUGCUUAAUGAGACAUUUGUCAGACCGCCUACAGGCGCUUAUUGGGUGGUUAAGUCAACUCAACCACUAUACCCUGGCACUGGCCACCGUGGACCUUAUUUGCAUCGUGUGCUUGCUUCACUGCAAGCUUGUGUGGCACGGCAGUGAUCUUUUCUUUUGGUGUGAGGAGUUGAACAGGCGACUUGUCGAGUACGUGCUCUCAGCCAUUGUGCUGAUUGCCACCGUGCACGUGGUGGGCUCCUGUGUGGAUGCCAUUAUCAUCUCAGCCUUGGUCCAUCGAGAGAUGAAUCGGCACAAUAUGCCACGGCAGCAUUUCGAGGAGCGCUACCGAAGGUUCGUGUUUAUGCGGUUGGUCGGGCGCCUGGAGCAGGCUCUCAAGGUGCAGCAGACGAAGCAGUCGGAGGAGGGCCUGAACAUGGUGCCUCUGGCAAACCUAUCGGAGGCUCAGCAGCUAAUCAGAGGGGCGAUCGACGAAUUUCGCACAGCGGUGCGGGUUCUGCUGUGGCCGAAUAGAUCGGAUCUGCAGGCAGAGGCCUUUGUCAUUUAUCACAUCAGCGAGGAUCAGCUGGCGCAGCUGGUCGAUCAAGGCUACAGCCUGGGUGAUGUGAACGUUCAGGAUAUGGUCAAUGCGCGUCUAAGUCAUUUGCUGAACCCACCCUGCUAUUAAAGUGUCCCCAAAUUCAUUUGAAAAUGUA